AUGCAUCCUUUACAGUGUGUCCUGCAAGCACAGAGAAGGGGCCCCUGGGCUUCUGUGUCCUGGCUGCUGCUCAGGACCUGCAGGGCACAGAGUAGUGUCCACGGCACCACAUGUCCCGGUCCAGAGAGGCAGCAGGAAAAUGGAGUUCGGAAGGAUUUCAGCUCUAGGCUGGCUGCUGGCCCGACUUUUCAGCAUUUUUUAAGAAGUGCUUUAGAUCCUCAAGAGAAGCCUGAUGUGGAGGACCCACCCCCCUAUCUCACAGUGGAUGAACUUUCUGGGAGGCAGAGAAAAGUCUACCUGGAGACCUAUGGCUGUCAGAUGAAUGUGAAUGACACAGAGAUAGCCUGGUCUGUCUUACAGAAGAGUGGCUACCUGCGCACCAGGAACCUCCAAGAGGCUGAUGUGAUCCUCCUUGUCACAUGUUCUAUCAGGGAGAAGGCUGAACAGACCAUCUGGAAUCGUUUACAUCAGCUUAAAGCCCUGAAGACAAAACGGCUCCGCUCCCAAGUGCCUCUGAGGAUUGGGAUUCUAGGCUGCAUGGCUGAGAGAUUGAAGGAGGAGAUCCUCAACAGGGAGAAAAUGGUGGAUAUUUUGGCUGGUCCAGAUGCCUAUCGGGACCUUCCUCGGCUGCUGGCUGUCGCUGAGUCAGGUCAACAAGCUGCCAAUGUGCUGCUCUCUCUGGAUGAGACCUAUGCUGAUGUCAUGCCAGUCCAGACAAGCCCCAGUGCUACAUCUGCCUUCGUGUCUAUCAUGCGAGGCUGUGACAAUAUGUGUAGCUACUGCAUCGUCCCUUUCACUCGUGGCCGGGAGAGGAGUCGGCCUGUUGCUUCCAUUCUAGAGGAAGUGAGGAAGCUUUCUGAGCAGGGGCUGAAAGAAGUGACACUCCUUGGUCAGAAUGUUAAUAGUUUUCGGGACAGUUCAGAGGUCCAGUUCAACAAUGCAGUGUCUACCAACCUCAGCCGUGGCUUCUCCACCAACUGUAAACCCAAGCAAGGAGGCCUUCGUUUUGCUCACCUUCUGGAUCACGUCUCCAGAGUAGAUCCUGAAAUGAGGAUCCGUUUCACUUCUCCCCACCCCAAAGACUUUCCUGAUGAGGUUCUGCAGCUGAUUCAUGAGAGAGACAACAUCUGUAAACAGAUCCACCUACCAGCCCAGAGUGGAAGCAGCCGUGUAUUGGAGGCCAUGCGGAGGGGAUAUUCAAGAGAAGCUUAUGUGGAGUUAGUUCAUCAUAUCAGAGAAUCUAUUCCAGGUGUGAGCCUCAGCAGCGAUUUCAUUGCUGGCUUUUGUGGUGAGACAGAGGAAGAUCACCUCCAGACGGUGUCUUUGCUUCGGGAAGUUCAGUAUAACAUGGGCUUCCUCUUUGCCUACAGUAUGAGACAGAAAACCAGGGCAUAUCACAGGCUGAAAGAUGAUGUUCCAGAAGAGGUGAAAUUAAGGCGUUUGGAGGAACUUAUUACUGUCUUUCGAGAAGAAGCAACAAAAGCCAACAUGGCCUCUGUGGGUUGUACCCAGCUAGUGCUGGUGGAGGGGGUAAGUAAACGCUCUGCCACUGACCUGUGUGGCCGGAAUGAUGGAAACCUUAAAGUGAUCUUCCCUAAUGUAGAGAUUGAGGAUGUUUCUAACUCUGGGGUCAGGGUUAGAGCUCAGCCUGGGGACUAUGUGCUGGUGAAGAUUACGUCCACCAGCUCUCAGACACUUAAAGGACAUGUUCUCUGCAGGACCACCCUGAAGGACUCCUCAGCAUAUUGCUGA